AUGAUUGUUGUAAGAGAGGCGGUGACACAGACGACCCCUGUACCGGUCCAGCUUGACCCCGAACUGCGAAAGCAAGUAGAAUGGUUCCUGCAGCGGAUGAUGCAAAGUUUUUCCAAGAGGGUUGGCGAAACAGUUAGUUUAAUUUGUGGACAUGCCCUUACCGUGUCCGUGGUGGAUUCCUUGCCAGGGGCGAUGCUGUCAUGGUUUCUCAACGACGACCCUCUAGAGAUGGAUCCCAGCCGUGUCCUGUACAACAAAGGGAACAUUGAUAUCACCGACCUAACCCCAGUGGACACAGGAGUCUACACGUGCCAGGUAGAGUGGGGACCUGAGAAGGCGAGGGACAAUAUCACGGUUGGAGUUUACAGUUUGGUGGUGACCGCCGACAACCCAACAAGGUACGUGUUCGAAUCUGACGGCAUGCAGCUGUUCAGCAACAGCGUCCCUCUGGGGGAGCUGUUCCCAGCAGCCACCCGACAGUGGUUGUACAACAACACAAACGGGACAAGCCUAAUGCCAACACUUGCCAGCAACAUCAGCGUCGACGUGGUGCCUCGGGUGGACAAGUCCAUGGCCGGAGUGUGGACGUGUCGAGUCGAUGAUCUGGCCACCAUGCGGAACUGGACAACUGCAUGGUUUCGCCUCGGAGUUCAAGACGCGCCAUCAUUUAUAGCCAGGACAUACCGUGUAUUGUCUGACCACGUAUAUGUAGUGAUAGUUGUAUCCUCCAUUGUAGUAGUUCUGCUGUGUAUCUUUUUCAUCUAUGGUGUCCGCUUAAUGAAGCAGAAGGAGGAUGAAACCGACGAGGAGUUUCUCAAAACUCGCAACGGAUGGGAGGAGAAAUUCUCCACUUUUGGCGCUGGAGGUAAGGUGAAAGUCAGUGAAGCGGACCUGCCUCCAAAGAAACCGGAUGAAGAGGAAGGCGAAGCAACAAAAGUGCCAGAAGGGAAGCGGUUGGAUACUGACAUAAGCAGUGCAGAGGAUACCGAAGGCAAGGGGAUUGAAGAGGACGGUAAAGUUAACUUACUGAGCGAAGCGGAACAAAACAAGGAGGACAGAGACAUUGUUCCGAGUAAAGAUAUCGAUAAGGGUGAAGAAUUUGACGAAGGCAAAGAAUUUGAUGAGAAAAAAGUGGAAGAUAUUAGCGACAGUGAGACCGAUAUUGGUAACCAAGAGGUCAUUGUUGACAUAGAGGCUGACGUUGGUGAUAGAGAGACUCAUGUUAGAAGUAAAGAGACAGAUAAUGGUGAUAGAGAAGCUCAUGUUGGUGAUAGACAGGCUGAUGAUGGUGAUAGAGAGGCUCAUGUUGGUGAUAGACAGGCUGAUGAUGGUGAUAGAGAGGCUCAUGUUGGUGAUGGGGAGGAUGGUGGAGACGAAAGCGACACUAAUAAAAGUGCUACGCUGUCACGGAAGAAAUCUGGAAGAAGAAAGCAUACAGUCAAAUGGCAAAGUAAAGAUAAAAGAAGAAACGCUGGAUUGACAGGCAAUGAUGAAAAUAUAUCAAAUGUCCAAAGACAUGCCAUCCCCGGAGACAGGAUGACAAUAAGAAUGUCCGAAAGGCCGGAACGCCGUAAGCGUAAGGAUGGCAAAAGGAAGAAGCACAAAGGGAACAUAAUCUAUCCAGAAGUGAGUAAAGACAGUGCCCUCAAUUGGCUGUUGCAGAAUUCGCCCCAGUUAAGAAAGUAUAAAUCGGUCCUACAGGAUACAGGCAACAGAACGCCCGCAGUUGCCCAGUAUAGGAAUGAGCCUGUGAGAUCAAGGCAAGUUGCCAUGGAGGCUCACCGUGGCGGUUCAAACAGGACGACCAGCGCACCAACCUCCAGUAACACACAAGUAUAUCUGUGGAGGAUGCCGGAGUUUUCUCCAGCAGACGUCAGGAACUGGCUGACUCGGGGGCGGGAGCGUAUGAGUGGAUGGACAGCUAAGCCUUCUUCGUGGGGACACAGCGACAUCCGGUACACAGUUCUUCCUCAGGGCGAUGACGAUGACGAUGAUUUCUUGUGA